AUGAAGAGAUUUGAAGGUGAGAGCUCACACAAAGGGUCUUCAUUCUCUUCUCUUGUUAAUGAAGAAUAUCUUUCAAAAUCAUCUCAUAUCAUGAGACUUUCUAAGCGAUACGCCAUUGAGAAAUUGCCGGAGUUAAGCUUGAAAUCGCCCCCUGUAGUUAGGCCAUAUGUUCGAUCCAAAAUGCCUCGGCUCCGGUGGACACCUGAUCUUCAUCUCUGCUUUGUGCAUGCAGUUGAAAGGCUUGGAGGAGAAGACAGAGCUACUCCAAGGAUGGUUUUACAAAUAAUGAACGUGAAUGGCCUUACCCUAUCUCACGUAAAGAGCCAUCUUCAGAUGUACAGGAGCAUGAAGCAUGAGCAGAUGCUAGAAGGAGGAGCAGAGACAGCAAAGAAUGAAACAAUGCAGGUUUUCCCUAAUUCAAAUUUCUUAUCAUGCUUAGAGCAAAGCAAUUGCCAACAGAAGGACAAGGGAUUGGUUGAUAACAACUCAUUACAGUUCACAAGCAACGAAGGAACUCAUUGCAAUGGAGAUCGUACUCUCAAGAAUACAACCAUACCAAACCAAUGGUUGAUGAAGCAAGACGUGGGGAAUAUUGGAAAGGAUGUAACUGAGCCGCUAUCAUACCAAGAAACAACAAGCAAAGCAUGGGAGAAGAAGCCAAAGUCUUACAUCAUCUUCAAGGAUCUGCUCAAGAGCUACGCUACUCAAGGAAGGAAUGAGCAGAAGGGAGUGUUACUAGGUACUGUUUCCGGUUGCAAGAGCAAUCAUCAAGCAUUAGAAAUAUUUACAGGGAAUACAGAGCGAGUGAAUGAUUGCAAAAUGUCUUUAUCAAUGAACUCAAAAGCGCCCCAGUCACUGUUGAAGCUGAACAAAAGUGCCGAUGUCAAUGAUGUCUCUCUUGAUCUUACUCUUGCUUAAAAUCAUGCACAUAAUGAUAAAGACACUUUUGGUUUUGGGACUUCAAAAAGUGACUUGACCUUGUUGGUAGUUCUACAAUACAGAGACCAAGACGUGGUUGUGUUCAUUUGGGUUAGUUGUUUGAAAAUGUACAUCUUAAAAAAAAAUAGUGAUUUUAGAAGUUCUGUUUUGAAAAC